AUGAACCCAACUGAAUGGGAACAACCUGAACCCAUAAACCAUUUUAUAAACGAAGGAGCAGCCUUAAAAUCGCUCUCCCAAAACAAAGCAUACAGAAUAAUAAACUCCAAAAAAGACAAAAAACAAACACAAAGAUUCCUAACAAAAUCAAGCAUAGAAUCCACAAUAAAAUACUUUAAAAGAAACAUGGGACUGGCCAUAACCGAGGACAAAAUAUGGACGUCCCAAAGAAAGAAAAAGAUCCCCAAAAACAUAAGCGACUUCCUAUGGAAGAUGACCCACGACGCAGUAAAAUGCGGAAAAUUCUUCGCCAACAUACCUACAUGGGCCGACAAACAAUUCUGCCCAUGUCAAGAAAUCGAAUCCCCUAAACACAUACUAUUUGACUGUAGUGAAUUCGGCAACACCGAACUAUGGUCACUAGUAUGA